AUGGCCAACAUGGAGCAUGUUCAACUGGUACGGCGAGGGCGUGACCAUGUCGCUCGCUGGAGAGAAGCCAAUCCCACGGAGCCGCUCGACCUGAAUGCCGCCUACAUGAGUUACGUCAGGGCCCCUCAGGUAAAUAUCAGCGGUGCUGACCUUCGUAAUUCGGAUUUGAUGGGUGCCGUCAUGCGGCGGGCCAACCUGUCCGGGUGCUUCCUCAACCCCAGCCACCUCUACCACGCAGACCUUCGGGAGGCCAAUCUCUCCGCUGCCCUCUUCAAUGGCUCCAAUAUGCGAGGUGUCGAUCUGCGGGGUGCCGACCUGACGGGCGCCGAUCUGGAUCGCACUAUUCUUUCGGACGCCAACCUGUCGGGCGCCAAUCUCACCAACGCGAACUUACAGCGUGCCAGUCUUAUCGGGGCGAACCUCUCCGGAGCCAACUUGACGGGAGCGAAUUUCUCCGGUGCAAAUAUAGUACGCACCAACAUGAGCGAAGCCAUCCUGAAUGGUGCUGAUCUGUUCCAGACUCAGAUUUGGGGCUGCGACGUAUCUGGCACAGACUUCACAAGUGCUUCUCUCGGCUACACAGUAGUGCAGGAUUGUGAUCUGAGAGAGGCCAUCGGUCUGGACCAAGCCCGCCAUGAUGCGCCAAGCAGCAUUGGCGUGGAUACGGUUUACCGCUCCGGUGGGCUGAUCCCAACCAUUUUCCUUGCAGGAGCCGGUGUUCCGGCAACGCUUGCCUCGUUUCAGGAGGCCAUUGCUGCUGAGCCACUGCAAUUGUCUGAGUACUACAUUUCUUGCCGGGACGAUGAUGAGGAGUUUGCCCAGAAGCUGAGCGAUGACUUGGGUGCGCUGGGCGUGAAGGCCUGGGUGUUCUCACAGCAUGCGCGCGGCAACGCCCUGGUUUCCCGGCUGAGUUCGUCGGACCAAGAGGAAAUCGAGCGCUGGCUGCGUAACUACGACAAGAUGAUCGUAGUCGCCUCUUCCCGAGCUCUGGACACGGAAUUGAUCCUCAACGAUAUUACGGCGGCUCGCGAUAAGCAGCAAUCGGCAGACCGCUGGCUGCUCUUCUUUGUCGCCCCCGACAACGGCCUGAUGCGUCCCGGCGGACGCGCCGCGCGCACCUUGGCCGCAGAGAACGUCAUCUUUGACUUGCGCCCCGAGGACUCCGCCACAUACGAGGCCGAAGUGGCAAAGCUGGCCAACGCACUCAAGCAGGACCAACCCGCCAGCGCCGGUGUGCCUGCGGUGGAUUUCCAACUGUAG